AUGAUCGCCACUCCGCCGCCGGUACAAGAACAAGUCCUCACCCACACAGCUAUCUUGUUCGCACCCGAAGAAGAGCGGUCCAGGCUCAUCUCUGUUCAAUGCCGCCCUCAGGGAACUCCAGCGCAGGGUCUGUGUCCUUUGCCCCUUGUGCAGGACUACUUCACCGAGAGUCUUGGGCCGAGUACUAUCAUACUCACCCAAGGUCUGAACGGAGAGCCGUUGCGGUUUCCGUUGCACAUCUGGUACUGCCCCAAAUCGCUCCUGAAGAAUUCGCCGGUAAAUCGCGCGAUUUAUCGCAUCACAUCUGGUGCCGCACCGAAGCCGUGGUGCGGAAUGGUGAUUGUACUCAAAUUUAAUGGCACUCGGCGGCAGGGUUAUACCGAUGCCGGAGUGAAUGACUUGCCUGCACUUUCCGCUUAUUUCUUGGCUUACAAGUAA